UGUUCUUUGCCUAUAAAUAUCUAAUCUACAAUGAAGGAAAAUUCAUCACAAGCAUAUAUACAAGAAUCUCUUUGAUGUAUCUAUAAGCGAGUUUUCAUCAUCGAUAUACACCUGAGAAAUAUGAGUUGCAGCAGUUUAGCAGCAUCCAGCACUAGAAGGCUAGAAGGCAAGGUAGCGUUGAUAACUGGUGGAGCCAGUGGAAUGGGAGAGUCCACCACUCGGUUAUUUCUCCAACAUGGAGCCAAGGUACUGAUCACAGUUCGACGAGAUGAAGUUGGCCGCUGCUUCUGCCAAGAAUUCAACUCCCCAGAAAGCAUCUCUUACGUCCUCUGCGACGUUACUUGUGAAUCAGAUGUCAAAAACGCAGUGGAUACAGCUAUCUCCAGAUAUGGAAAGCUCGAUAUCAUGUUCAACAAUGCAGGAGUUGGGGGAGAAGGAGAACCUGGAAUCUUGGCUUGUACUGAUGAAAGCUUUAAGAAAUUGUUUGAUGUGAAUGUGUUUGGUGCCUUCUUGGGUGCUAAACAUGCCGCCAGGGUGAUGAUCCCGGCCAAGAAAGGGUGCAUCCUAUUCAAUUCAAGUGUAUCUUCAGUGUGUUGCGUAGAUGCUUCAUUACAUGCUUAUACAGCUUCAAAACAUGCAGUGGUGGGGCUUGCCAAGAACUUGUGUGUGGAGUUGGGACAGUAUGGGAUAAGGGUUAAUAGUAUUUCCCCAUUUGGUGUCGCUACACCAAUGACUACAAAUGCUUUGAACAUGACGAAGAAGGAGGCUGAAGAGUUCAUUUCGUCAUCUGGAAAUUUGAAAGGGGCGGUUUUGGAGCCAGAAGAUAUUGCACAGGCAGCCUUGUUCUUGGCAAGUGAUGAGGCCAAGUAUGUUAGUGGGAUUAACUUGGUUGUUGAUGGAGGCUAUAGUCUCACCAAUCCCUCCUUUGGAAUGGCACUCAAAAGCCUAUUUUCUUGAGGGUCUAUUUAUUUCCAAGAAAAUAAUUUAUUUUGCGAAACAUUUUUUGAAAAAUAAUUUGUUUGUGAUUUUUUUAAAAUAAUUUAUUCUUUAUUGUUUCCGAUCACAAAUCAAUUGUAUUUUUUCAUAA